AUGAGCUUCUCAGCAAGACGAGUUUCAACCCUCAGGUCGGCCCUGCACGCGAGCCAAGAUGGUCGCCGCUUCUCCAUCCAUCCUGAAGAUGAAAACGUCUCUGCUCCGCACCGAACCCUCCGGGACCACCCAAGUCACAAACCACAUGCCGCGCUUGACAGCUCAAGAGCUUCGACUGGUGUCAUAUGGACGACCGAACAAGCAGCGCGCCAUGGCUUUCUCGAAGAGCCGCAGAAGUGGGCCAAUCUAGGUCAAGGUGCACCUGAAGUCGACGAUGAUAUUGACGGCUGUUUUCCUCGCCCAACUUCGAUCCCAUUGACCAACCAUGGACGAGAAUAUGGGCCAACGGCUGGCAUCAAGCCUCUUCGAGCCGCCGUUGCAAAGUUAUAUAACACCUUCUCUCAAUUUAUCGGCACUGAUGCUAAUCUGAGGGUACGCAAAGAUGACAACUACCGCCAGGGCAAAGAGAGCCAGUACUCGUGGGAGAAUGUAUGCAUUGUGCCAGGAGGAAGAGCAGGUUUGAUCAGAAUCGCUGCUGUAUUGGGCAAUGCGUAUCUCGGCUUUUUCAUUCCCGAUUAUACGGCCUACAACGAGAUGUUGUCGCUAUUUCGCAACUUUGUUGCUAUACCCACGCCUCUUUCUGCUGCUGACGGGUACCAUAUCCAUGCUGACAAAAUCGCCGACGAGCUGGCGCGCGGUACCAGUGUCAUCUUAACCUCGAAUCCUCGUAACCCAACUGGCCAUGCUUUGGUUCCCGAAGAGCUCGCCCUGAUCCAAGAUAUUUGCCGGGACAGAGCAACAUUGAUCUUUGAUGAGUUUUACGCUGGUUACAGAUACGACUCCAACUGCGAUGGGAGCACCAUCUCUGCUGCGUCUAAUGUUAUUGACGUUGAUCGAGACGACGUGAUCUUAAUUGACGGUCUCACAAAACGCUUCAGACUCCCAGGCUGGCGCGUCGCUUGGAUUGUUGGUCCGAAGGAAUUUAUCAAGGCGCUCAGCUCAAGUGGAAGCUAUCUCGAUGGUGGCUGCAAUGUACCUUUUCAAGAGGCUGCCGUUCCGAUGCUCGACCCUCCGAAAGUCAAGGCUGAAAUGAAAGCCCUUCAAAGUCACUUCAAGAUGAAGCGAGACUACGUCCUCAAAAGACUCGAAGAGAUCGGGUUCAGAUGGGGCGACCAGAACAUUCCGCAGUCGACCUUUUACAUAUGGUUGGAUUUGGCAUCGCUGGAACCUCCGUUGCCCAAGAACAGUCCGCUUGACAUCUCUAAUGGACUGUCAUUCUUUGACGCACUGUUCUUACUGGCUAACGGAUGUCGGCAGCUCCAAGAGCGAACCAUCGUAGUGCCGGGAAUCUUCUUCGACCUCAACCCAGCCAAGCGACGUGAUCUCUUCGACAGCCCUUGCCAUCACUUUGUUCGUAUCAGCUACGGUCCCAAGAUGGAGCAGCUGAAGAUGGGGAUGGACGGAAUUGAGAGAGUGGUCAAGCGUGCGAGAGGAGAGUUCGGAGAUUUCAACACCGCUAUCCACGAUGAGCCUGAGGGCAAGAGCCCUGGCAGCCCGAUUCAGUUCUGGAAGGGUCAGGGUCAGGGCGAACACUUUCAAUGA